AUGGCCCAAAUCAGCUCAGCCAAACGCGCAUUGGUUAUUCAAUAUCGAUUUCAUGAUAAACUCAGUUUUCCAGCAAUUGCCAGCAAGAUUGAUGGUGUUUCUGCCGCCGCCGCCCAACAAAUCUGUUCUAGAGCCUUUAGACGCGCCGGCACCAACAAUGUCAACACGCUGCUUGAAUAUAGAGAUCCUGCGCCUAGAUCUGGUCGUCCUAGGCGUGUAGAACCUGGAUCUGAAGCGUCAAUUCGAAUCCGAGAAGCAACGCGUGGACAAUACAGGUGGCACCACCAGGUGGAUGCUGCCAACCAAGCGUUUGAGCGCGUACGAAAGGAUCAUACAACAACACAACGCAAGCCACUUGGAACGCUUGAUGCUAAACAAGUUCAUAAUAUCCUUCAAGGAAAAGAACAUUCGCAAGCAGAUCCAAUUGAUUCGAAGCCAAUUCCUCGAAAGCGCACGUUGGAAAAGAAGGCCCUCUCGAAAUUAGACUUAGACGAUCGCAAACGAUAUAUCGAGCUUAUCCUAAGCCUGGAUCCUCACAACACAAUUCUUAUUAGUUGUGGUGAGACGCCUGUUAAUUUUGGAGGCACCGGCCACACGCAUGUAUCUGCUCCACGUGGUGUAGAUAUAUACACAGACGAUGCCCACGAUCCACGGUUUAUCAAGAUGCAAUGGGACGCCGCCAGCAAUGAUACACGCGUUAAAAGACCAUGCCUUAUUUGGAACUACGAGGAGCAAGAGGAAACAAUAGAUUUAGCGCGAAGAUUGGAUUUCCAGGUGUCUAAAUUAAAGGCUCGAGUGGACCAUAAUAAACACCAAGCAUUAAUUCCUGGCACGCCCCAAUAUCAACUUCUUGUGGAUACAAAUGCCGACAUCGCACGCUAUAAUGCAUCGCUUCCACCUGGCCAACGUGUUGGAAGAAAGCGGCGUAUGACAAUCGAUCGGUUGUUUAAAUAUGAGAAGUUAGAAAGAGACGCUAAAAAGGGGGGGUUAGAUUUUGUUUGGUACGCUUUUAAAGUGUAUGAAUUAACCUUAUUUCCUUACUAUUUGGAAUUAAGGAGGAUUAAUCCAGGAAAGGAGAUCUAUAUUGUUGAGGAUAACGUUGGUGUUCAUCAUAAGGCAAGGCGGUUGUUGGCUGAUUAAAUUCAUGAGCUUGAUAUCAAGUUUCUUGAUACACCAACCAAUUCACCAGACCUAAACCCAAUUGAGCAUCUUCACAAGGAUCAGAAGAAGGAAUUGGCCAGGGCUCGGUUUAACACCACGAGCGCUGGUGCUGCUGUGCAGGCCCAAAGGGAGAAGGAAAUGAUUGUUGUUUGGCAGCACUCAGAAACCUUUGAGAAAAAGGUACAACACCGC